CCCACUUCAUUUGAUUACCAUCCAAUAUUCUCCCACCUAAGACUUGCCGCAGAUAAAUGAGGUAAACAAGUUAAUAACACCCAUCUUUUGUAAAAUCCUAGGUACAAAGUAAGACUAUACUCUAGAGAGACAGAGUACAUCUGCAGAGAAAAUUUCUUUAUCUUUUUAUUUUCUUAUUUUAGUAAUAGUCAAAUAAUCCAAAAUUUUUAUUUUUGUUCAUGUUGGAGUUUUGGGUUAUUUUAAAUUUUCUGUUUCCAUUUCCAUAAUAUUAAAUUUUGCAAUUUAUGUAAAUAAUCCAAGAAAAAAAUGUUGGGUACAAAAAAUGAUGCAAGAAUUCCAGAAACAGUGAUUGGAAUACCAGAAGUCGCACCAGAUUUACAGGAAGAAAGUGUUGUUAGAAAUUCUGAAAAUAGAUCCAGUGAUUCAGGGGAGAGUUGUGCAACUGGAGUUAUUACUGAAACAAAUUAUUUUAAUAAAAAUAAAUCAUGGGUUGUUGAUAUAAAAUGUGGGGAUGAAGAAAUUUGUGAUGAAAAAGUUUGUAGAAUAUGUCAUUUAAAUUCUGAACAGCCCUGGAAGUUAGCUUUUUUUGCAGCAAAAACUGAUCUUAUAGUGCUUGGAUGUGGAUGCAAAGGUGAACUUAGUGUUUCACAUUCUUAUUGUGCUGAGGCUUGGUUCAAGCUCAAAGGAAAUAGGGUCUGUGAAAUAUGUGGAGAGAUAGCAAAUAAUGUAAGAGGGGUGGGGAACGAGAGCUUCAUGGAAGAAUGGAAAGAUGGAAGAACCAAUGGCAACGCCGGUGACUCGUCCGACACCAAUGCUGAAGGUUGUUGGCAUGGACAACCCUUGUGCAACUUCCUUAUGGCCUGUUUGGUUAUCGCCUUUGUACUGCCCUGGUUUUUCCGUAUCAACAUGUUUUGAUAGGAAAAACCUACAUUUUGUUCUUCUCCGUUUAAUAAAUCUAGUUGAGCUUCUUGUAAUUUUAAUUGUAUAGUGAUGUAUAUUAUAUUACAUUUAUUUGAACUGACCAUUAGUUUUGGGCGCACAAGCAAUGAAUGGGGCCGUUGGGCGCUUUGAUAUGAAGUUGUCGUCUGAACGAGCCUCUUAGAACACCGUUGGCGCUUUAAUAAGGCUCAUCUGGUCGAUGUGAGUUUUAAUGUCUUUAUAUUUCUUUUUUUUGUUUGUUUUCUUUGAUUUUUUUAAAAACGUAUCAUAUUUAAAGGUUUAUGCAUGUGUCAAAGCCUAACUUGUACUUCGAGGAUCGAGCCCUUGCGUCUUAAGAUACCUCGCAUCUUUUAAAACUAAGAUUAUGAUUAUCCGAACCAAGUUGAGAUGGUCUACAAAGAACUUAUCUUGUACCAUGCUCAAUAACUCUUCUAUUGAGUUGUUGCCAAUGUCAAAUUAUCAGAUAGGUUGUUUAGAUCAACUGCAUUGUUAUGGUAUCACAUCAUGGAUUACAUUUGGAAUCAGCAUAUAAACAAAGUAUGUAAAGAUGGGCAAUUUUGCAAAUUGAUUAUUGCUAUGUGGAUUAUUUCAAGCAUAUUUUUGGCAAUAUGAAGCAAUUGGUAUGUAAAAACUAAAUAGGACAAUUGGUAUGUAAAAACUUGAGAAUCAAAUAUAUUUAUAUUUUAUAGUCGGUCUUCUGAGAGACCGUCUUUUUGAAAGACCUCUUUUAGGCCCAAUCCAUUAAAGCUUAAUACCUACUCAUACUCUGCAUUUUCUUUUAUGAGCCAACCAAACCAAAAAUAAUCUCACAAGAAUUUGUGAUUAUGGUAAUAGCUAUUUUGAGGAUUGAUGUUGGAAUCUCAGGAUGUGUCCUACAUGCUUUAUAUUCGUUUUUAUACACCCUCCAUCUCAGCACAAAUUUGUAUCCCAUUUUUCUUAUUACGUCACUUCACCAUAAGUGUUUCAUUUUCAUAUUUUAAAAACAAUUUGUGGUCGUUUGAGCCCCACAAGCUUCCUCGACAUUCAUUUCUAUCCCUUAUUCGUAAAAUUUGUUUGAAAGAUACUUCGCCUAUCUCACCGGUGAAGUACUAAGUUGCGAAUCCUGCAUGUUAUGGGUUAUAUGUAUGUAUGUGUUUUAUCAUGUCAAGAAAUGAACAUGAACAUAAAAACAAGAUACAUUCCUAAAAAACAGGGUAAUACAUUAUGAUGUCGACCUAAAAAGAAUGCACCAAUACUGGACCAUCUCAACAAAUGAGCAUCAAUGCAUCCCCACAGUCCACAACAAUACAUUAGAUUUCAUUAUCAGAGUAUUAAUGGAUCACAAUGGAAAGUACUGGAAUGAGAAGUAAAUAUUUGUCCAUAACAAAUUAAUAGUGUAUGAAGUAAAGGACAGAACAGAAGAAAACUCCAUAUAACACCUACAACAAGAGAUCUACUUAUAGGGUUAACUUUGAAAUGAAAAUACAUGAACCAUAGGGGACAAGUCAAUAGUUAAGGACCACUGUGAUAUAAUUUGCCCUUUGCCAAUUAAUUUGCUUUUUAGUGAUUCAUUUAAAAUGACCCAAAAACAUUAUAAUUUAUUUUUCUUGAUUUGUGAUCGAUGAGGAGAUUAGCAAUUAUAUGACAUGGUUAUAGACACUUACCUAGGACUUUAAUAGGUGUACACGCUCACUCUUUUUUAGUUUGGAAUAACCUUAGAGUCCUCUUUCCUUGGCAAGCUCUUUUAGCUCACUAAACUUUAUGUCUUCAAUUUUUGGCUAAUUGUCUGAUAUUUUAUUUACCCAAUGCCAUUAGUGGCUACGGAGUUUGAGGAUUGGAUGCUGAUAACAUUUUUCCUUAAGCUUUUACGGUCAAUGUAACAUUUUAGUUGCACAUUAAUGGUCCAUGCUGAUAAUAUGGAAUUUCAAGUCAUGUGAUGAAAGAAAAAUGAGAAAGAAAGAUAGAGAGUCAAAAUUUUACCAGCAAAAAUGAAGAAUAAUAAUUACCACUAAAAAUUAAUGGGUCUAGAUUCGAGUAUAGUCAGACGUGAUCCAAACCACUUAGACUUGUCCCAAACCUCAAUGCUAAUAUAAGUGACUUCCACUUAGGGUGGGAGCUAGAAGGUCAAAUACUCGGAUAUAUGCAACCUUACACUUGUUAGUGAUAACAAAGAAAUUGUUUGAAAUUCACCCAUAUCUAUAAAUAUCAUUUGCAACUU